AUGGUGGACGACAACAUCUCAUCAAGUUCCUUUUUGCAGGGAACAACCGUGAGAAUACAGACCUCCACGGUCACCACUCUACCAUCUCCUAGCCUUGCUCAUCAGUUACCGCUUAAACUUACAUCGUCAAUUUUUUUGUUGUGGAAGACACAGUUCCUUUCGAUGGUUCGCGGUUGUGGACUUGGUCAUCAUAUUGAUGGUAGUCAGGUAAUUCCAGGGCAGUUUAUGUCUGAUGAUCAACCUAACCCAGACUACCAUAAGAACAGAUCAACUUGUGUUAAGUUGGAUCGUUGCUUCCGUUCGAAGCCUCAAAUUCGUGAGCUGAAAACACAACUACACACGUUGCAACGAGACAAUACUAGUAUUGAGUCCUAUGUGCAAAGGGCAAAAAGAAUUGCGGACAAGUUGGCUGCAUUGCAGCAUCUAGUUACUAAUGAUGAUUUGGUCGAAUUUGUUCUUGCUGAACUGGGACCAGCCUAUCGACCAUUUACAAGAUCACUUGAAUCGUGUCAAGAGGAUAUCUCAUUUGAUGCUUUAUAUGGACUAUUGUUGAAUGAAGAACGACAAUUAAAGAGAAAUGAGACUCUUAAUGUCAUAGCGCCGACGACACUCUAUACUCAGAGUUCCUAUCCUCCCGGUCGCAGUCGCGGUCAUGGUAGAGGUAGAGGUAACAGGGGCCGCGGACGUUUCCAAAAUCAUGGUUUUUCUCAGAUGCCCCAACAACGUGGUUUCCAGAAUACCACUCAAUCCUCUAAAGGCCAUAUCGCACAAGUUUUCCCAUCACCCAAGACAUCUAAUGGCACUCGGGUUUCUGGACGACCUAUCUCCAACCUAGCAAAUACCCAACAUUCAUCUACCCAAAAUUAG